AUGUCGGGCGAGGCGUGGUUAUACCUGCUCGCUGUUCUGAUAAACGCCGUCAAUCUCUUCCUUCAAGUCUUUUUCACCAUUAUGUACAGCGAUCUUGAAUGUGACUAUAUCAACCCAAUUGAUCUCUGCAACCGCCUCAACACCUACAUUGUUCCCGAAGCCGGCGUUCACGCCUUUUUGACAUUCCUUUUCCUCAUCAAUGGGUAUUGGCUGGCAAUAUUGUUGAAUUUGCCGCUCCUGGCGUUCAACGCAAAGAAAAUCUUUGAAAACCAACAUCUGCUUGAUGCAACGGAGAUCUUCCGUAAAUUGAACGUUCACAAAAAGGAAUCAUUUAUCAAACUCGGCUUCCACUUGAUCAUGUUCUUCUUCUAUCUCUACAGCAUGAUCGUGGCACUUAUCAGGGACGAAUCAAACUGA